AUGACGACGGACAACAGCACAACAGCUGAGGAUGCUUCCUCUGGCUACAUUCUUUACCACUAUGAUCCGUCUAUGGCAGCGGCUGUUGUCUUUGUCCUUGUGUUCGGAGCUUCUGCUGUGCUGCACAUCUACCAACUAUCCCGAACGCGGACAUGGUACUUCGUUCCAUUCGUUGUCGGAUGUCUAUUUGAAGCAGUUGGAUACGUCGGACGAGCCAUGUCAGCAUCAGAAGCCCCCGAUUGGACGUUGAAACCUUACAUUAUCCAAUCGAUUCUCAUCUUGCUUGGACCAGCGCUAUAUGCUGCGUCAGUUUACAUGAUACUUGGACGAUUGAUUCUCCUCCUUGAAGCAGGGGAGUACUCUUUGAUCAGGCCAAACCGGCUGACCAAGGUAUUCGUACUGGGCGACGUUUUGUCAUUCUUCGCCCAGGGUGGUGGUGGUGGAAUGCUUGCAACAGCAAAAAGUCCCAGCUCUGUUAAAACAGGUGAAAACAUCAUUGUUGCUGGCCUAUGCAUUCAAAUCCUCUUCUUCGGAUUUUUUAUGAUUGUUACCAUGGUCUUCCACUUCCGCCACUUCCGCCAUCCAACUCCACAUUCCUACAACAUCCAAACACCAUGGACUAAGCUUCUUUGGGUGUUAUAUGCCAGCAGCUUAUUAAUCAUGGUGCGGUCUCUGUUCCGGGUUGCUGAGUACAUUGAGGGUACUGAGGGGAAGCUGCAGUCGAAGGAAAUGUACAUCUACUUGCUUGAUGCGUUACUGAUGGGCAUUGUGUCGGUGCUGUUUAACUGGUUCCACCCAAGCCGCGUCAUAACCAAGCGGGCCAGUGGUUUAAGUACGGUAAAGAGCACAGAAAUACUUGACGGCGGAUACCUGAUGGAAAGAAGGUAG